AUGUCAAUCGAAAAGACACAACAAGUUCAUCAAUUACUUAAUCAGAUUCAUCAAAAUCCAACAACCAUUUUUCCUAGUGUAUCUACACCAAUCCAACAAAAAAUAAGAGAUGCAUUAAAAUUCAUAUUACAAUAUUAUGGUAUUAAUGGGAUUAUUAUUGAUAAUUUCACAGAUGAACAAAUUUAUUAUCAAAUCAAUGAAUUUAAUAAACAAAAUUUAGCAAAGAUUAAAGGAAUUCAAAAGAAAAUAGAGAAAAAAAUUGAUGCCAUUAAACCAGUUGAAAUAGAAGAAGAUAAUGAAAAAGAAAAAAAUGGAGAUAGUGAAAAAGAAGAUUUAAGUUAUAUGGAUGAAGAGAUUGAUAUGGAUAAAAUGAAUCAAGCCAUAGAUGAAAUGGAUAACUUUGAACUUGGAGAUGGAGAUUUGGAUGAGAUUGUUGAUAAAGAAGAGGAUAACAGUGGUGAAGAUGAAAUGAGUGAAGAAAACAAUGAUAGCAUUGAAGAUCAUCAACCAAUCGAAGGAUUUGAACAAGACGAUGAUAAUGACGAAGUUCAAAAAGAACCAAAGAAUGAAUUUGAAAAACAACAAGAAAUCAUUAAAAAUAAAAUUACUAAGUUAGAAGAAGAAAAUAUGAAAGAAAAACAUUGGAGUAUGUUAGGUGAAAUUAAAGGGGAAGAACGACCAGUCGAUAGUUUAGUUGAUCUUGACAUUGAUUUCCAAAAUACUAAUAGACCACCACCUCCAAUGACUAAAGAACAAACAUUAAGUUUAGAAGAUCUCAUUCGAAGAAGAAUAAAAGAACAAAGUUGGGAUGAUGUUGUAAGAAAAACAUUAGUCCAAAAGAAAGAGAAAAAAGAGAUUGAACUUGAUGGAGAGAAGAGUAAACUUGGAUUAGGUGAAAUUUAUGAACAAAAGUAUGCUAAAGAAAUAUAUGGGUUUAAUUCAAAGGAUGAAGAAUUAAAUCAACAGAAAAAAGAGAUUAUGAAAACAUUUGAAUAUGUAAUGAAAGAAUUAGAUAAAUUAACAUCUGCUUAUAGAUGA